GAAAAAAUUCUCACUUUUGAUUUGAGCCAUAAAGGGCAAUGAUUGGAAUAGAACGAAUGGUCUGACUAAGUACCAAAAUCCUCAGGCAUCAGCUCCAUAGAUCUCAACCUUCCACGCCUCGGGUUGAGACUUGAGAGACUGUUAUCUCCGACUCUUUCGCUCACGCUCUUUCCCACAACCACUCUAUUUCAUUUCCCGUCCCCGAUUUCAGAGCGAAAAUGUUCGGGAGCAGUGUUGGAGCUGAGCUUUUGGCAGAAGGCGCCUCUGAUCUGAUGGUCAAUGUGUCAGAGCCGGUGCCUCCCUUGGCGGAAUCCGACGUUCUGCAUCCGCGCACAGCCGGGAAGAGGACGAUAGUGCUAGGGCGGAACGUGCACACCACGUGCCUGGAGGUCACCGAACCCGAUGCCGACGACGAAACCACCGGAGAUAAGGAAGCUUAUAUGGCCGGCGUCUUGGCUCGUUACCGUAAGAGUCUUGUUGAGCGAACCAAGCACCAUCUAGGAUAUCCGUACAAUCUGGAUUUUGAUUAUGGAGAUCUUUCACAGUUGCAGCAUUUUUCCAUUAACAACCUUGGUGAUCCAUUCAUUGAGAGCAACUAUGGUGUCCACUCGAGGCAAUUUGAAGUGGGUGUUUUGGAUUGGUUCGCACGUUUAUGGGACAUUGAAAAAAAUGAAUACUGGGGAUACAUUACGAACUGUGGGACCGAGGGAAAUCUUCAUGGAAUUCUUGUUGGGAGAGAAGUCUUUCCUGAUGGAAUUUUGUAUGCUUCAAGAGAAUCACAUUAUUCAGUUUUUAAAGCAUCACGAAUGUAUAGAAUGGAAUGUGUUAAGGUUGACACUCUUAUCACUGGUGAAAUUGAUUGCGCAGAUUUCAAGGACAAGCUUCUUCUUAACACAGAUAAACCCGCAAUUGUUAAUGUUAACAUUGGCACAACUGUCAAGGGGGCUGUUGACGAUCUUGAUCUAGUCAUCCAUACACUUGAAGAAUGUGGGUAUUCACAUAAUCGGUUUUAUAUACACUGUGAUGGAGCACUCUUUGGGCUUAUGAUGCCAUUUGUGAAACGUGCACCAAAAGUUUCUUUCAAGAAACCAAUUGGCAGCGUCAGUGUUUCUGGUCACAAGUUUGUGGGGUGUCCAAUGCCAUGCGGUGUUCAAAUAACAAGGCUAGACCACAUCAACGCACUCUCAAGGAAUGUGGAGUACCUUGCUUCAAGGGAUGCCACCAUCAUGGGAAGCCGAAAUGGCCACGCUCCAAUCUUUCUUUGGUACACCCUGAACAGAAAAGGUUACAAGGGCUUCCAGAAAGAAGUCCAAAAGUGUCUUAGGAAUGCACACUACCUAAAAGACUGCCUUAAAGGGGCUGGAAUCAGUGUCAUGCUCAACGAGCUUAGUAGCACUGUUGUCUUUGAGAGACCUAAAGAUGAGGAAUUUGUUCGCCGAUGGCAGCUUGCCUGCGAAAGAAACAUGGCACAUGCUGUCGUGAUGCCUAAUGUGACAAUCGACAAGCUGGAUUGUUUUGUUAGUGAUUUGGUUCAAGCUCGGUUGGACUGGUACAAAGAUGAAAACGUGAAACCUCCUUGUCUUGCAGCAGAUAUUGGGAUGCAAAACUGUUGUUGUCCCCUGCACAAAUGAUAUAUGCCGCCUCUUAAUCCAUAAAGUUACCUUUUUGGUCUCUCUUUUCCUGCGGUAGGGGAGGAUCUUUGAUUUACGAAAUAUCUAUCACGUGUAAUUUCCUAUUUUGCAAACAAAAUAUGUAUUAAGUUUGCAUCUGCUGGACUCUAUUUGAAACCAACUGAAUGCCAUCCACCACAAACUUUCGUGAGUUUAGUUUAGGGAGGUCCACCAGUUAUGGACUUCCUUCUCCCAAUGGUCAAGUUUUUUCCAUGUCCAUUUUUAGUCCUACAGCUAUACAGCAAAUUUAGCGUGAGAGAACUGACUGAACCGUUGGACGGUUCAAGUUUUACCAAAAAAAAAAAAAACUCAAACCUUUCCUAUAGUUAUGAG